AUGGACAGCGCCCAGAUCGCGCUCUCCCCGUCGGUGGCCGAGGCGAUAUCGCGCGGCGCCGUCGUCGAGCAGCUCCGCGGCCGCGACGCGUUUCGCGACGAGGACGACGCGUCGUCGGUGUGCACACCGGCGCCGGACGACGGCCCGCGCCUUCGUGCGGAGGCGGCCGCGGCGGCCUGGCAGGCGGUCGCCGCGGCUGCUGAUCGCGUCGCGGCGGCGGCGACGGCGGACGCGGCGGCGCAACGGCUCCGCGCCGACGCGCUCGAGCGGCAAGUGGAAGAGGCGGUCUCCGAGCCGCCCGCGCCAGCCCCGGCGCCGGCGCCGCCGCGCGCCGAGGCGCCCGCGCCUCCGAGGCCGCUCGCGAGCCCGGCGAAGCUACCCCUCGCGCGCGAGGCGCCGGCGCCGGCGCGGCCGCGUCCGCCGUCGCCGCCGCCGCAGGCAACGACCGCCACGCAGACGCCCGCCGACGACCGCGCGCGACUCAAGCGGGCAAUCGCCAGCCUCGAGCGAGAUCUGGACGCGCGCGAAGCCGAAGCGAAGCGCCGCGAGCAGCUCCUCGUGAAAGCCAAGGGCGAGAUCCACGCGCUCACGUACGAGCUGCUCGGGAUGCGGGCGCGCGCGGCCGACGCCACGGAGGCCCUGGAGCAGGCAAGGACCGCGGCGGCCGCCGCCGAGGCCUACGCGCGGCGGCGGAUGGAGGAACGGCUGCCGAAGCCGGAGCCCGCGCCGCAACCUCAACCGGUUCCGGUACGACGACGGCCAUCCUCGGCGAGCACGGCGAUCUACAACCGCGACACGACCUGGGCGUACCUCAAGAAGGGCCGCGGCACGAGCGUCGUCGACGGCCGGCGGCGGUCUAUUAACAGGAGCCACCGGGCGUCGGCGGCGCGCGAGACGCCGUACGGGGCCUACCACGUCGACACGGACAGCGUGCCCCCGAAGCUCCACGGCCUCGGGUUCCGAAGAAAGCCGGCGACGCGCCAGGCGCCGAUGGAGUACGUCCGUGGGCCGCGGUCGCCUGCGAGGCCGCGGCCCCGGCCGGCGUCGGCGCCGUCGCGGCGGCGGCCGCUCCCCUACGAGGACCCGGACUCGGAUGACUCCCUGCGCGUGGACCCCGAGCACACGUCGCCGUGGGUGAAGAGCCUUUCCGUGAAGGUGCGGCUAAGCAGUCCGGACUAG